CGUGAUUGGCGCCAACUUGUCAUGAUCGCAACUCCGGACAAGGGGCGGUAAAUGUAAGAGUUUCGUAGUUCGAACAUAGCGCAAGCAACAGGACUCGGAAUGUUGGAUCGACGACGGGAAUGCACGUAGAGGAAUCAUGAAAUUCAUGUGCAGUGCAGUUUUCACGACAGAUUUUCGGGACUCUCGACCCCUGGUUUUUUCAUCUUUCAUUUGUUCUCAUCUAAAGCGAAAUUCAGGGGACAUGAUUGCCUGUAGCAGAUGCUGGGUUUCGGACCUGUCGAACCUGGUGAUGGCAGUGAAUUGAGCAACUUCUCGUGGAUAAAGUGAGUGACAGUGAAUUUGCUACGAUCGUCGCAUGUAGCUCCUCAAGAUGUGCGAUUUUUAAGUCUUCAAUCAGAGAAUGGGGUUGUUUACUGAAGAAUCUGCCGAUCUGGAGGCAGGGCGUUUUCCUCUUGAUGCGAAUGUGUGAAUUGGAUGAUUUUGUCAAAUCCGUGAUCCUGUCGGAAUGUGCACGAUUGAAAAUCCGAGCUGAGCAAGAAAUGGAGCUUGUGAAGUAACAAAAGAGCUGGAAUGGGACUUGCGCUGGACGCUGAAGUCAUGGGCCAUACUUUAGAACCACAAGAAAUAGGUGAGCGUAGGAGCGCAACGCUGAUAGAGCACAUUACUUCUCUUCGGGCACGUAAUCUUCCAUUUGCUGCACCGAAGCAUACAUCUCAAACAACUGAGGCAGCUCUGGUGCGAGAUGUUCUUCAAGUGCUCCAAGGAUAUCCAACAUACAGGUUGCCCUGGGACGAAGAGUUGCAGCAUUUCCAUGUUAGGAAUGGUAUCCAUGUGGCAGACUUGUCUCAAUCAAGCCUCUACAAUAUACUUCAGAUGUUUACUCGGGCUGCUACCAGUUUGCGCAGAGUGGAACUAUUUGUAAGGGGCGUAGUUAAAGAUACCACUGACAGCUGGCUGAAGCCAAUGUCACAGGCCCAUCCUACCUUGGAGGCUUUCGCAAAUGCGGUCUUCAUGCGACUCGAGUGUUUACGAAAGGCUGCUCUUGAGAAGGAAUUGGAGGCAGCUGAAGGCUCGACUAGAGUUACUCUCUUGAACCUUUAUGCAAAUUUAUCAAGGGUUUUUGCAGGUGCGGAGUUUCUUGAGCACAUCAUUAAUGUUGCAAUUCCCGAACCUGACAGACUUUUUGGAAGUAAAGUGAGCGCUGCCGAGCUUGCUACACACAUCUUGUCUGCUCUUUAUAGAGAACUGGAUGCAUUCUGUUUGCUUCAGGAUGGAGAGGAAGACGCAUAUGGAACUGUUCUUCUGCUUUUGGUGGGUUGUAUUCGGCCGAUGAUUGAGAGUCUAGAUGCUUGGUUGCAAGAAGGUGUACUUAGCGACCCCGCUGGAGAGCUAUUUUUUUAUGAAGACGAUUCUGUUUCUAUUGAAGAUUCCGCUUUCUGGGAAACACACUUUCGUAUGCGCAAUCAAAGUGCUUUCAGCGAACAAGAGUCCAGGUUCAAUUCUCCAUUUCAGAGCCCAGGGAGUCACAGGGAUUCUUCGUUCACCGCCUUAGAGAGCACUAGUCCCGGUGGAAGUAGUAGGGCAUUCAGUGGCCAGAAGUUUCUCAAUACAUCAAUAGACUCUAUCUCCUCUUUACAAGGGGAUGCCCUUCAGUAUAUGGUCUGUCCGACUUUUUUAAAGCCUCUUGGCAAAGCAAUACUGUCUGCUGGUAAAUCUCUACAGCUUUUACAACAUGCUAGAAGGGAUUCCGCUGAAGGGAACCUAGAAAGUACACAUGACACUAGUGGUUUAUCUAAAGUUCCCUCACAUAUACUUCCUGACGGGUUCUCUUCAUUAGUGCAAAAUCUGGGUAAGGAAUUUUCCGAACUAGAGGGUUGCUCUACCAUUGACUCUCAUAUUACAAAACCGAGUGAUGGCUGUGACACCCCAUUUGAAGAGAAACAUUCCUUGUAUGAGCAGUUCUGUGCGUCACUGUUAAAUCUGGUGGGGGACUCUUCAAGUAAUGUGGUCCAUCAGGUGUUCACCAUCGUAUCAGAGGCCUCUAAAGAAAGAACGUCUGUUUCUAACCAGGUUAAUGUAUCUUCGAGUAGAGAUGAAAGCCUCAGAGUCAAGUUGGAAUCUACCGAGCCAUUGAAACCAAGAGGGUCAGAAUCAAAUCAACGUCCAUUCGAUGAAGAGUUUGAACAGGGAAAUCACGAGAGAAAUCACGUGAGAGAAUUCGAAAAUCUUCCUGAAAUUAGUUAUCCUCCAACCACAGUUUGUGGAUCAGAUCUUCAUAUUGCUUGUUCAUCAACGCUAGCACCAGGUGAAAAGGAUGGCGUAUGUGCUGUUAAGAGUUUUGGAACAACACUCAUUCUUUCUCACAGGACAGAAGUUCCGAGAGAGAGUGUGCUGAAGGGGUUGGUAAACAUAGCAGGAUAUUGCCAGUUGUCUUCACUGGAUGAUUCUCAGCUCAGGGGAGCUAUUUUUAAAUCUUGUGUAUCGGAGACGUCGUCUAUAUCCCGAGGUCAUAAGGAGUUCUCUGUGGGAUACGGCGACAUCUAUAAUGCAAACGGAUGCCGGAAUAGCUUGCAGUAUGACAUAUAUGAAGGCGGUGAGGCGUCUUUGCCUACAUCCACCGAUUUCAAUUCUGGACUUGGAUGUGGGAAGCUGUUACUUGUUCAUGAGAGACAAAAUCUAGCUGCGAUUGAAAAGUUACUACCGUUUCCAACUAUGCUUCCUCAUUUUCGGGAAAAAUGUCAUAUCGCCGAACAAUUGCCACUUUUAACAGCGAAUCGGAAGGCUGUAAGAGUGCUCGAGCGGCUUCAGAGUGGAGCCCUCAAGACAACACCUUCACCCAUUGUUUUGUUUCAGGAGUGCCUUACAUCUUCCAUACAGAGGCAGGUAGAUCGUGUUGGUCACCAGCUUUUAGCCAAGCUCAUGGGUGAAUGGCGUCUCAUGGAAGAAUUGGCUCUGCUGAGAGCAAUUUACUUAGUCGGAUCUGGUGAUUUGCUUCAGCAGUUUGCGUCUGUGUUAUUCAAUAAACUGGACCGAGGAGAACCUUGGGAUGAUUUCUAUGAGUUAAACACGAUGCUACAGGAGUCAGUGCGUAGUUCUUCCCAUGGAGUGGCAAUUCCGGCCCUAGAUUCUUUGGUAGCGACGGUAUUACCCCGUUCGACUAGUACUGCUGAACGGGGUUCUGCCUCUAGUCCUGGUCCUCUCCACAUCGGAGGUCGUGCUCCUUCCUUCGGCAUUGACACACUGGACUCGUUGUUUUUCACCUACAAGGUAGCAUGGCCACUAGAGCUUAUCAUCGAUCAAAGUGCAAUUAAGAAAUACAACCAGGUUAUGGUCUUUCUACUGAAAGUUAAACGUGCUAAGCAUGCCCUUGAUAAAGCUUGUCGAUGGACAUGGAAGAAUGGAGUUGGAGAUGCUGCUCUCCACAAGCAGAGGCUGCUGCUGCAACAGAAGUUAAUGCAUUUUGUUAAUACUCUGCACCAGUAUGUCAUGGAUAGAGUUCUUUACAGUGCAUGGGUUGAACUCUGUGAGGGGAUGUCGUCAGCGCGAUCACUCGAUGAAGUAAAAAGCUGCCACGAUUCUUACUUGGUCUCUAUUCAACGGCAAUGUUUAGUUGCCCCAGACAAGUUGUGGACUCUCAUUGCAGGCCGUGUAAAAACGAUUUUGGGAUUAGCUCUUAAUUAUUACUCCAUCCAGCGGGUUUUGUGCGAUGGUGUGGGUGCUUCUGCUGUGAGUGCCCGUUGUCAACUCGAGAUCGAACGUGUUGAGAAGCAGUUCGACGAAUGCAUGGUCUUUUUAAUGAGAGUCUUGUCAUUCAGGCUCAAUGUGGGUCACUUUCCUCAUCUGGCAGAUUUGGUUACUCGUAUUAAUUACAACUAUUACUAUAUGACUGAAGAUGGGCAGCUGUCAACCCCAGUCCCCGAUGCUCAUGCCUUGACUGCAAGAAGGGCAACCCGAAGGCUCUGAUUUGUUCUGUAAGUUAAUUGUACAAUAGAUUUUACCCCAACACUGGAGUAGAUAAGGAACGCUAGAUCUUGAUAGCUCGAAUGUUUAUAUGAAGGAUCUUCCAGCAACUUUAUGUGGCAAGUCUCUUAACUCGGAAAUAUCAUGAUUGUUGUUGGAAAAACUCCUUUGGAUUGAUCGAUACAUUCGUGUGUCCAAAGGCGGAAGGUACAUUCAGGAUAUGUUUGAGUUUCCUCACACGUUACAACACCUUGUUGUAGGUUCGUGCUUCUUACCCUCGCAUGGCCCCUUACGGUUAGGGUUUCUUACACUUCUCAGAGAGCUCAUGAGUAAAGCCAGCCAAGGGAAAAGUGAAUUAUGCCAUUGAAUUGAAAUGGGUCACCUUGGGUCACGCGUCAGAAUGUUGAGGCUGUAGAAUUCUCUUACAUCAACUGGAAAACUACUUCUGUCGUUAUGUUGUUAUCUGAACUACUGCAGAUCGAUAUGUGCCGGUAAAGUACAUUCGUUCUUUCUUUUGGGGUGCUCAUAACUGCUAGGGAUCGAAAAGCCUGAGCCCUGAAGCAAAGGGCUCCUUUUCUCAUGAGAGAUUCCUCAAGGAUGGCUAAAUCAAAGAAAUUACAAGGUGAAUUUGUCAGACCAUCGUCAUCUUCAAUUACAGCAAAAUAACUUGUAUAGUUACUUCGGUAUGGAAUAACACGUAAGCGAGAACUCAGUAAAGAACCCAUUUAGUCUAUGUCUGGAAAUUAGAUGUCUUAUUACCUUCGUUAGAUGAUAGGUGUAAUAUAGACUAUAUAUGAAGACACGAGAAAAUUCAUGAAAUGUGUACGCAA